ACUCGGUCACGUGAUGCACAAAAACUCAAACUCGGUCGGCUGAGAGCAGCGGUAUAGCUACUGUAUCUUCUUCACACCGUCCAGUUUUACGGUGAUUUUUUCCACUGGCCUCGUGAAAAUACGUUGUUUUGUUUUACAGUGCAAGAAAGUUGUCCAUGGUUUUGCAUCUGAACUUUUGAAGAGCAUUAUUGGGGGUCAGCAGUCACACACACACAAUGGUGCGUGUGAGUGUCGUAGCGUUACUAUGUGUGUGUCUGAACGUGUGUGUCGCUCUGAUUUGUCCUGAUGGAGGGAUGUGUGAAGAUGGAAACACCUGCUGUCAAACACCAUCUGGAGGAUAUGGCUGUUGUCCUCUACCCAACGCAGAGUGCUGCUCCGAUCACUUGCAUUGCUGUUACCAGGGCACUCUGUGUGACUUGCAACACUCUAAGUGUGUGAAUAAGACACACGUUUUAAACUGGGUGGAAAGAGUCGCCACAAAGCAGAAAGCAGUAGUUUGUCCAGAUGAGACGUCUGAGUGUCCUGAUGACACCACUUGCUGCCAGUUGCCUGAUGGGAGCUGGGGCUGCUGUCCUAUGAAAAAUGCCGUGUGCUGUGAGGAUAAGGAACACUGCUGUCCAGAGGGAACCAUAUGUGACCUUGAGCAUUCGAUGUGUGUGUCGGCCACCAAUGGACCCUCCCCCUUCUGGAUGAAAUUCGCUGCUUCUCGUAGGAAAACAUCAGAGAAAAAAGCAGUUGAUCCGCCUGCAGACUUCAGAGAUAUCAGAGAUGUGAUCUGUCCAGAUAGGAUUUCCUCAUGUCCAGAGGAUACAACGUGCUGUGAAAAAGAGACGGGAGGCUACGGAUGCUGCCCGAUGCCAAAGGCUGUGUGUUGUUCUGAUCAUUUGCACUGCUGCCCAGAGGGCACAACAUGUGACCUUGUCCAUAGUAAGUGUUUGUCAGCCAAUGGCGUCACAGAAAUGGCCACUAAGAUCCCGGCAGUCACUCCCCUGAAGCCUAGAGAGAAACCAGUUCCCUGUAAUGAAACAGUAGCGUGUGCUAGCGGGACCACCUGCUGUAAAACUGAAGGCGGCACCUGGGCCUGCUGUCCUUUACCACAGGCAGUGUGUUGUGAGGACCAUGCCCACUGCUGUCCAAAAGACACGGUGUGUAACCUCCCAGAGGGCACCUGUGAUGACCCUGCUGACCUUUCAGUGUCUGUACCCUGGGUGACAAAGGUCCCUACCUUUACAUUAGCUCUAUCCGAUCAGAAAUGUGACGAGACCUCUUCGUGUCCGGAUGAUUCCACCUGCUGCAAACUGCCAUCUGGAAAAUGGGGGUGCUGCCCAAUGCCAAUGGCAGUGUGUUGUGAGGACCAUCUCCACUGCUGUCCCCACGAUACUGUGUGUAAUCUGGCCGCCAGCACUUGUGACAGUGCCAACGAUCAGGGUCUCCGUUUCUCUGUGCCUUUGGUGAAGAAGAUCGAUGCAGUGACCCUGCCAUCGCAGAACCAAAACUGUGACGAGACAUCGCUGUGUCCAUCAGGGACGACCUGCUGUAGACUAACCUCAGGGGCAUGGGCCUGCUGUCCUAUGCCACAGGCCGUGUGCUGUGCCGAUCAGGAGCACUGCUGUCCGCAGGGAUACAAGUGUGACUUGGCUCAAAAAACCUGUGUGCGUCCUGGCCUUCCCAGCAUGCCCUGGUUCAGGAAGGAGUCUGCACUGAGCGUGAGCCAGCAGUCUGAUGAGAAUACUCCAGAUCCAGUGGACAGACACAUGUGUGACGCUCACAACAGCUGUCCAAGAGACGACACCUGCUGCCUAAUGGGCAAUCUCGGCAAGUGGGGCUGCUGUCCACUGCCUAAGGCGGUGUGUUGUAAGGAUGGAGAUCACUGUUGCCCUAGCGGCUACACAUGUAACGAGAAGAAAACAACCUGCAUUAAAGCCGACCAUGAGAUCCCCUGGUACACAAAACAAGAGGCCAGGGCCACGAAGGGGUCAGAGGCAUUGCUGGGACACACAGAUGUGAAGUGCGAUUCAUCCACGAGUUGUGCGUCUGGUUCUACCUGCUGUAAAUUAUCCACAGGCCAGUGGGGUUGUUGUCCUCUUGUCAAGGCUGUGUGCUGUGAGGACCACGAGCACUGCUGCCCACAGGGCUACACCUGCAACCUUGAAUUUGGAACCUGCGUUAAACCUUCCAACGAGCGCAGUGUUGCUCUGACACGAUUACAAACACACACCGACGCACAUUUAGAAGAGGAGGUGUUGUGUGACGAAUCGACGCGCUGCUCAAAGACACAGACCUGCUGUAGACUAUCAGACUCCACAUGGGCUUGCUGUCCAUAUAAAGAGGCAGUGUGCUGUAAAGACAUGAAGCACUGUUGCCCUAUGGGAUACAAAUGUGACUCGGAAGUGCAAAGUUGCACUAAACCAUCCACGGCCACUUGGUGGGAUAAUUCUCUUUAAGUGGAAAAAACAUGAACUGACACUGGAUAGCACACACACACACACACACACACACACACACACAUACUCACAUGUUGCAUAAAGCAUUGCUUUCUAAGAUGCCCUCUUUAGAUAAGGGACUGUGCAUCAUGUUUUUUCUUUAAUAUUUAGUUUUUACCAGAAUCAAAACACACCAAGCCUUAUGCUUAAGCAGGAUACACACAGACAUUUUUUUGUGUUUGAUUUAAAUUCAUUUUUAAGGGAACAACAAAACCAAUGCACAUUUUCAAUGUUAUUAUUUCACUUUCAAGCCUCAAGUUCUGCACAUUUCCCAGAGUGGCUAUAGAAGUGAUUUUUCAAGAUGUGAAAUAAUUAGUGACACAUAAGCCAAGUAAAUGAAAACUGAAGUCAAUCGUGUGCGUUGUUUGAAGAUGUUGAUUUUAUGCAAUUUAAAUUGUAUGGCUGAUUACCACACGAUCUAAGAAAAGAUAUGAGAAAUGACUGAGAAUCUAAACCGAAUGUAUCAGCAGUGAACUAAACCUAAAACUAAAGUUCCGAUGCAUCAACCACAAAAGAAACCUCAGUGAUUUUAAUCUGUAAAAUGUGUUCCAGAAUUGCAACUGCAAUUGGGCCGUGAUAAGAAUGGAUGCAGCCAAGCAUUUAACCCUAUAUUUUACUUAUAGGCUGUUGCAUGCUAGGGUUAACGCAACCAUUGCAGGUGUCAUUUAAAAUGUUCCAAGUUGUCCGUAUGGAUUUUUAAAAGUUUUACAAAUGUUUGAAAUUGUGUCAUUCUCAACAUUUCACUAUAGUUAAUUUUGAGAUUUGUCUUUUUUUUGUUUUAUCUGAUUUUAAAAUGUACCGAAGAGUCAAAUCAAUUUGCUUACUUAUUACCUGUGAUACAAUGAGGUUGAUUUGUUUUUUUCUCCAUUAUUUGUUGAAGUGGAUUUGAUUUUGGUUAAUUAUACCAGAAAAAAAACUCUGAAAUUAAAUACUUUUAAAAUA